AUCAUUUAGGAGAUAAGUCGGCGACUGAGCAUAGAAAUAGAAUGAGCGGAGGAAUAUGAUGACGACAAGACCUCCAAAGCUGGUAUCGGGGGGGUCAUCUAGCAACAAUAGAAGCAGUUGGAGGCCAACUCUUCUUCAUUUUCUCUUUGCAGCUGCCAUUUUCUCCAUCAUCGUUUUCACCAUUCAGUCCUCCCUCUUCACUGGUAACGGCGGUGUUAAUGUCAUCAACAGAGAGGAAAUCCGUAUCUUAUCUGAUUUUCAGUCCAGCCUUCAGCAAUGCGUGGCAAAUAGAGGGCUUGGGCUUACAGCUCAUAUUAUUGAUCAUUGUAAUAUAAUUCUCAAAUUCCCCGAAGGAACAAACAGCACUUGGUACAAUGAGCAAUUCAAGAUUUUCGAACCCCUUGAGUACAAAUAUGAUGUUUGUGAGGCUAUUCUGUUGUGGGAACAGUAUCGUAACAUGACCACUGUGUUGACGAGAGAAUAUCUGGAUGCUAGGCCUGAUGGAUGGUUAGACUAUGCAGCAAAAAGGAUAGCACAAUUAGGCGCUGACAAAUGCUACAACCGGACUCUUUGUGAGGAGCAUCUUAAUAUAAUUUUACCUGCACAGCCACCCUUUCACCCCAGACAGUUUCGAACAUGUGCUGUUGUUGGGAAUUCGGGUGACCUCUUGAAGACAGAGUUUGGACCAGAAAUUGAUAGUCACGAUGCAGUUAUAAGAGACAACGAAGCUCCUGUUAACGAGAAAUAUGCCAAGUAUGUUGGUCUGAAGCGGGAUUUUCGCUUGGUUGUAAGAGGUGCUGCUGGUAACAUGAUUACGAUUCUUAAUGGGUCAGAUGAUGAGGUGCUUAUAAUUAAAAGUCUUACACACAGAGACUUCAAUGCAAUGAUAAAGCGCAUACCAAAUCCCGUUUACCUCUUCCAAGGUAUUGUCUUGCGCAGAGGUGCUAAAGGAACCGGAAUGAAAUCAAUAGAACUAGCGCUUUCCAUGUGUGACAUUGUCGACAUAUAUGGUUUCACAGUUGAUCCUGGCUAUACAGAGUGGACUCGGUACUUUUCUACACCGAGGAAAGGGCACAACCCACUUCAAGGGAGGGCGUACUACCAACUGUUGGAAUGUCUUGGUGUUAUUCGGAUCCAUUCUCCCGUGAGAGCACAAAGGAAGCAAGACUGGUCGGAUGUUCCUAGUCGAGAAAUGAUAAACAGGGCUCAGAAAGCUGCUUUGCAAUUGAAAAGAAGUGCGGGGGUUGAUCGAUUGGGACAAUUUGUGAACUGUAAGGUGUGGGGCAAUGCAGGUCGAUAUGGGAGCGGGCCGAUAUCUGGAUCUCCAGAUAUGACAGAUGUGAGGAAGAACUCAAAAUACAGUAAAUGGGAAGUUCUGCCUUUCAAGAACCUGAGGGAAGAGACAAGGCAACACUUUAUUCGGAUGGAAGGUGUCUCUAUGUACAAAAUGGAUGGCAAUAAGUUGGACGAUCUAGUUUGUGUAAGACAUCCCCUCAAAUCUGAGGCAUAAGAAUAUGAUGACAAAUCAACAGAUACAUGGCAACAGCCUUAAAUCUCCAGGUCAGUUAUUCCACCCAAUAAAGGUACCUACAAUAUCCAGGGCAGUUGUUCCACCCAAUAAAGGUGCUUACAAUUUCCAGGGCAAUUGUUCCACCCAAUGAACAGUCACUGUGUUUGACGUUAGAAACCAUAGGCCACACCCAAAAAACAGAUACAUAUAGCAAACACUUUGUAGUAGUUUCAAGUGUACAAGUACAGCUACUCUAAGCAGAGUUUUCAUAGAAUCAUUGCAUUUGUUAUAGAUUUUUAAUGUACCAAUUCAAUGUCA